CCACCUGUCCCCAUCCCCCAUGAGAUGAGUGAAGCCCAAGACCUUGCCCAAGUGGUUGUCACCCAAGUGAAACUGUGGGGCUGGAGCCAUGAAGGUGGUGGCAGUGGGUCUCUCCAUUCCCGCCAGCACCAGGAGCUCCAGGCCUUCCUCGGCCUUCUGGAGCACAGUUCCCUUCAGGAAUUCCUCUCCAGAGAUCCCUGUUUCCAGAUAUCAGAUAAGUAUCUCCUGGCCAUAGUGCUGGUCUACUUCCGGCGCGCCAACCUGAAGCUCAGCGAGUACACCCGCAGCAACCUGUUCUUGGCACUGUACCUUGCAAAUGACAUGGAGGAGGACCUGGAAGAAGCCAAAUGUGUGAUUUUUCCCUGGGCCCUGGGCAAAGAUUGGCAUCAUCAGGUGGUGGACUUCCUGCGUCAGAGGGACAAGCUGUGGGCACGGAUGGGCUUCCGGGCUUUCGUGAGCCGCCAAUGCUGUGAGGAGGUCAUAGCCAAGGAGCCCUCCCACUGGGCCUGGACUCGGGAGAGGCGCCCCCACCAUGGUGGGGCUCAGAGGAGCUGCCUGAAGGCCCAGGUCCCCCUCCCCCGGGGCCCUGGCCUCUCACCACCCCACUGUUCCCUCUGUGGCUUGCCCCCUCUCUGUAGCCACUGCUGCCACCAACCCUGCCCCUUGCCUGUCUUAACCAAGUGCCCUUCCUCAAACCCUGACUGGUAUCACCCUCCUUCCCACACUUGUCCCUCAGUGGCUGAAGACCCCUGGGGUGGGGGCUUCCUCCUGGUCUUGCCCCCCCAGCUGCAUCUGGAGCCAGGCACCUACACCCUCCACAUCCUCCCAAAGCCUGCGUCGAUGCCCUAGGCAUUGAACUCUCAGGGUGAAGAACAUCCCACCUGCUUGCCCAUCGAACUGACGCGCUACUGGCUGUGGCCCCCCUAGCCUCCUGUCUUGGCUUCAGGCUGGCCGUGCUGCCCAAACCCCCUGCCCCCUCCUCCCAACCUGAAACUUCCCACUCUGACUUUGACCCCUCUAAUAAACUCAUGUCCACAGGACACUAACUAUGCUUAGGCCUUGGCCUGGCUCCUUGACCCAAGGAAGGGGUAAGGAAGAAGUUCGGGGGAGGGGGGCUCUGCCAGGUUUAGGUAUCAGCAGUUGAGACCCAUGAGCACACAUUCUGUAGUCAUCCCGAGCCAUUUUCCUUAUAACAUCAUCUAUGGAUGAUGAGAUCUACACAGUGUAAAUGGGAUUGAAUAAGAUUAGGUAAAUGCAGCCCUUAGAAGAGGGCUAGGAGCCUAUUGGAUGAAAAAAGCUCA